GGCAAGGUGAUCCACAUGGGUGUGGUGUUCAAUCGCACGAGCUGGUUUGCACGGAGACCAGCUACGAUCCGCAUCGGCAGUGGAACAUACAACGUGCUUAGCAUCAACUAUACUGGCUCUUACUUCUGGGUUGUUGAUGCCAACUUGAACAUGCAAAACAGUUGCCCCCUUCCGCCGUGGGAUUACGGACCUUAUUAUUAUCACUACCAUGACAACUCACUUCGCAGCAUUAAUCAGGACCCUGGUUGGCCUGUGGCUCUCUUUAUGAAUUGUUCGCAGGAAAUAAAGUACGAUUAUUAUUCCCAGCCGGUCAAAUGCCUGAGCACAGUAGAUUCUUUCAUCUACAUGUCAAUAUGGUCUGGCGUAUACAACUUCGUUGUCGAAGCUCAGUAUUUUGCGCCCUCAUGCAGUUUCUUGGCUAUGACUCCUUUGGGUGGUCCAGGCGCGACGGUGCCUGAGAAUGCAAGCUAUCCAGAUGUUGUUAAGCUCAUGGGGAAAGGAUUUGCCCUUGAAUUUCCUUUUAUGGCUAGUAGGGACAUCAUCAGAGAGUGCCUCGCAGAGUUGAAGAGUGACUUCCGUUAUUAUUUCCAUAACGAGAGCACCGAGUAUCAGAUUUGGGACAUUCUUGCAACUGACACAAAUUUCUGGUCGUGCGUUACUGAUGAGCAAUUUAUGCCAGCCAUUGGCGUGACAAAUUUUCUCCGCCUCGUCAUCAUUCAAACAUUACUGUUUGUUAUGUUGGGUCUCAAGCUAAUUCAUGUUUUUUGCAGGUACAUAUUGGUGCCUCUGGCGGUGUUUGCCUUCCUUGCCCAUAGAUACUGGAAAUCAAGAAUAACCAUCAAUGCAGUCGAGAGGUUUCUACGGAUGCAGCAAAUAAUGCUUGUAACAACGAGAUACGCCUACGCAGACAUCAUUGCGAUCACAGGCCAUUUCAGAGAGAAGCUCGGCCAAGGAGGCUAUGGCUCUGUAUACAAGGGUGUGCUGCUGCCAGGCGGUGUUCCCAUUGCUGUCAAGAUGCUGAGCAACUCCAGCUGCAACGGAGAAGAGUUCAUCAGCGAGGUCGCCACCAUUGGCAAGAUCCACCAUGUCAAUGUGGUGCGCCUCGUCGGGUUCUGCUCCGAGGAAACGGUCAGGGCACUCAUCUACGAGUUCAUGCCCCGUGGGUCUCUCGACAAGUACAUCUUCUCGUCGGAGAAGAGCUUCUCGUGGGACAAGCUCAACGAGAUUGCCCUGGGCAUUGCUAGAGGCAUCAACUACAUGCAUCAGGGGUGUGACAUGCAGAUCGUACACUUCGACAUCAAGCCACACAACAUCCUUCUCGACAGUAACUUCGUCCCAAAAGUUGCUGAUUUUGGGCUCGCCAAGCUGUUCCCAAAGGAUAACAGCUUCGUGCCGCUGAGCGCUAUGAGGGGAACGAUCGGCUACAUAGCUCCGGAGAUGGUGUCACGGAGCUUCGGCGCCAUAUCCAGCAAGUCCGACGUGUACAGCUUCGGGAUGCUGCUGCUGGAGAUGGACGGAGGGCGCAGGAACGCUGACCCGCAUGCCGGGAGCUCCAGCCAGGCGUACUACCCAUCGCUGGUGUAUGGCCAGCUGACUGGGGAGCAGGUUGGGGAGAUCAGUGAAGAUGUCAACAUGCACGAGCUGGAGAAGAAGCUGUGCGUCGUUGGGCUCUGGUGCAUCCAGAUGAAGCCUUCUGAUCGGCCGACCAUGAGCGAGGUCAUAGAGAUGCUUGAAGGGGAUGCAGGCGCUCUGCAAAUGCCCCCGAGGCCGUUCUUCUGUGACGAGGAGAUGCUUCCUGAAGUGGCUCCGUACUCUCUGUCCUCCGAACUGAACGUGAUUGAGGAGGAGGAUGAGUGAAAUACUUUGUUCCUGCGUGUCUCAAAUGCAUGUAUGAAGACAUAUGUUUGUCCGUUUGUAGCUUGUCAUACUAAGCUCAGGGUUGUCAGUGUGUUAGACAGGAUUGUGUAGUUUCCUAAAAAGAUCUCUGAGGGCACAAGUUGUUCUCUCUUGCCUCAUGAGUAUUUGGCAGCUAUGCUUAAUAUAAUGCAGAAAUAUUGAUGCUUAUUAGCAUCACGUACUGCCAUUUAAUGUUUUAUCA